AUGGCCACCUCAUGCUCAGAGUGCAUCAAGGGCACUAUCCACCAAGGCCAGCCCAAGGGUACGGAAGAACUCGUUCACGGAUUGAACACCUACGUGAUUGGCAACCGUACCAACCCGCGAGGCAUCAUAGUAGUCUACUCCGACAUCUUCGGCUUGGGACUGCCAAACAACAAGCUCAUCGCAGAUGCCUACGCCCAGAGCGGCGAAUGGUUAGUCUACCUUCCAGACUUCUUCAAAGGCGACCCAGUAGGACUCAAGGUAGCCGAUGUCUUGAUUCCAGUCGACGCAGCCAAACAGUCUACAUUUGCAAAGUAUUCAGGCAUCCUUGCUAGUAUGCCAACGUUCCUCAUGUGGAUGUCGAGGCACAAGACGGGGCCUACUGAUAAGAUAUGCAUGGAUUUUUUGACCUCACUCAGACGCACAACGCCAACGGGCCAGAAAGUUGGAAUGGUGGGAAUGUGUUGGGGUGGAAAGUAUGCAAUCCGGGCCGGGCUCGAGAGCAACAUGAUCGAGGUUGAUGGCGUAAAGAAGCCUCUGGUGGAUGCCGUGGUGGCCCUGCAUCCGAGUCACCUGGUCGUACCGGAUGAUGUCGAGAGUUUGGUCGUACCUGUUAGCUAUGGUUGGGGCGUGGAAGAUAUUGCUGUGAGUUUCAAGCAGAAGGCCGAGGUGGAGGCAGUCCAUGCAAACGCCCAAAAGGCAGGAAUGAAAGUGCCAGAUAUGGAGCACAAGACCUACAAGCCCGGACGACAUGGGUUUUCUGUGAGAGGUAAUCCGGAUGAUCCCCCAGAGAGGAAGUGUCUGGAGGACUCAGUGGCUCAGGUUUUGACUUGGCUCGAUAAAUGGCUUUGA